GCCCUUCCUUUACUUCUUACCGUUUACGUACGUACAUGUACAUUGUACAUGUGCGCGCACGCACACACGGUUGGUAUAAAUGGUUUUGCAAUUGGUGGUAGCCGUGUUGCAAUAAGUUUCUAUAGGCCUACAUCAGCUACAGACAUGUUGUUUUCAACUACACUGGCCUUUGGAAUGUCGUUCCUUAUGCAUGAGUCAGGGACCCACGUGCGUAUUCAUAUGGUAAUACCGUCACGCAUGGGCUGGUACCCCCAUGUCCGUCAGCGCGUGUUUUGUUAUGGGUGUUCCCCGUAACUUUGCGUUAGUGCAAAUAGGUCAUGAACUGAUGAAGGUGUUCCCAUGAACAGUUUGUAGGCGAGGAUUUGCGGAAUUUAUAGCUCAGAAGAGGAGAAUAUGGAUGUACUAUGGAAGAAUAAGGAUGAACUGAAGUGGCUGCUGUGAUAAUCGGAAGAGGAGGAAUGUGAAUAAUUUGAUAAUUGAUUGACAAGUUUGUCAAGUCUUGUGACUUUUCUUCUUCAGUGGAUUUGCAUUUCAACAGAAGCGCCAGCACUGCAGCAAUGACCUGCGUGUAAACUUCAGUCGAUUGUGUGUGAAACAAAACUUAAGUCACCAUGGCUACCACACUGGAAAGACGUCGAAUGCACCGGGGCUUGAAAAACUCCAAAUGCUGCUCCCACGUCUUCAACACGCUACUCCUGAUCGCAGCACUGGGAGCCAUCGGUGUCAGCGUCUGGAUCUUCCUGACGGUCUGGUCGCACCCGGCAAGAGAGGGCGCCCUCUUCAUAAUCGGCAUUUCGUACUUUGUGAGCAACAUAGUCCCAGCGGCCCUCGGGGUGAUCGUGAUCCUUGUGACGCUUGUAGGGAUGUGCGGGUUAUGCGCGACGCACCGGUGUACGCUUCUGUGGUAUUUUAUUUUGCUGAUGGUGGCAUUCGUUCUGACGAUCGCUGGAUCAGUUUUCAAUUUCAUAUUUUAUUUUGAGCUUAAAGGCACUAUUGAAAGCAGUUUUUUAAGGAAUCUUAAAGACGAAUAUGGGCUGUAUGGCGGUGAAGAAGUUACACGAAGCAUCGACUCGGUGCAAAGAGAGUUUGAGUGCUGCGGCAGUCUAUCCUAUGAGGAGUGGCGUACCAGUGAGUGGCAUGCGUUAGAGCGCAUUAGGUAUUUCAGGGACACCGACGCUCCCAUAAUUCCCUCCUCUUGCUGCGUCACGUCAAGCACCAGCAACGAGACAGAACCACUGGACCGUGUAAAAUGCUCGGCCCUAAACUCCACCUACCCCAACGACUUCAUGUACAGCCAGAGCUGUAGUGGGUUACUCUACUCGUGGUUGUCGCUGUUCGCGUUAAUCCUGGCUGUAGCCUGUGCGGUGCUUUUCGUCACAGAGCUGAUGGGAGUUGCGGCCUGUGCGGUUCUGUUUCGGCGAUUGGGCCCAGUCCAUUACGAGGAAAAGAAAACGAUGCAUCGGCUCCGAGGAGACCCAGAUUGGGAUAAACGGAAAAGACACGCCCACUCAAGGGUGUAAACAGAAUUGUCCCUAUCAAGGACUAUUUUUGGCCAGCUGAGUUUUUGUCAACUUCCAUCAGCAAAAACAUUGGAGUGAAGACUUUUGUGAACUCCUUCUGUGGUGCCUUUUGACAACUAACACAUGUGAACACAUGUACUUUGGGAUCGCUUAAUACAAGAAAUGGAGUCUUGUUCCUGGACUUGUUUCAAUGCUAUGGGUUGUGUUGUGGACCACUGCACCAUGUUAAGUUGGAGUCUUGUUCCUAAACUUGUUCCAGUUGAAUGGGUUGUUCCGUGGACCACUGCACCAUGCUAAGUCGGAGUCUUGUUCCCGGACUUCUUCCAAUUCAGUGGAUAUUCCUGUGGACCACUGCGCUGUGUGAAGUUGGAGUCUUGUUCCCGGACUUGUUUCAGUUCGCUGGGUUGUCCUGUGGACCACUGCACCAUGCCAAGUCUGAAUCUUGUUCCCAGACUUGUACCAGUACUAUGGGUUGUCCUGUGAAGCACCGCACCAUGCCAAGUCAGAGGAAAUACAAGAUGGCAGACUGACCUACGCACUUCUGGCUACAGUCAAAGACGUGGCAUCCUGGCGAAGUUCACGAUAUGGAACUACCCUGAUUUUGAUCGACCUUGAUGUUCGGUUGGAAUCUUUGACUACUGAAUUUAUGGAUCGAUCCUUCCUGCCUGUCAAUUAAACAGUAUGCAUUGACCAAUUGGAUCGCGACUUUUGGUCAGGUGACGACGGUAGCUUGGUCGAGCCCGGUCACAAGCACUGUCAGAAUUGUACACAAAGCAAAAGAUGGGCAGGGAUUUUGGCCAAAUCUGGAGCAGUCAACCGCUUUAGAUAGGCAGAACUGAAACAAUGAGUAACUGAAAGGGCAUUAUUUCGUGCUGAUUUAUUGGUUCGCUUGAGUAUGAGCCUGCUUAAACACUUAAGAAGCAGGCAGGAAGUAAAUGCAAAUUUUUCUUUAGCCUUGGGGCAAGACAUUGUUGUAGAAUCGUGAUAACCAGCCGCUGCGUUAACCCGCUGCCCUGAGAGGGCAUCAUCAUGACGAACCGCUAUCACCCACGAACCGCAAGUAACAACAUCUUUGGAAUUGUGUAAAAUCUCCCCCGAAAAAAGGGGGAAAGUAGUUUGCAUGCGCUACCCUGCAGGCAAUCACGGACCAUUUUCAAUCCCAUGCAUACUACUUCAUUGUAUGACUAAAUAGCUGCCAUGAAGUUGCACAGAAGUCUUGCUGCCUCUUAUACGCUACUGGAAGAAAUUUACGACUUUGGUACGAACUUAUAUGAAAGGUUUUGAAUAUAUUAGGCAAAACAGGUGCGUGUGCAUUGCACAACCGCUACAAGAUUCCCAAUACGAUGUUGCUGGCUGUUGGAGGGUGGUAGCGGUUCAUCGUGAUAACGCCCGCUCAUGGUGGCAGUUACUAUCGCAAUGUACCAAGCAUUAGCAACGUUGCUGGCGGUCCGUGUGCGAUAGCGGUUUGUUGUGAUAAUGUCCGUUCGCAGCAGCAGGUUCUAUUACGGUGGUGGGUUAAUAUCACAGAACAAUAUCUCUACCCAAGGCUAACUUUUGUUCAGUAGCUUGUACAAUGUGCCAAUAUACAAAUACAAUUUUUAUACCAAAUAUUUCACAAUUUUUUAUUUUUUGGUGCUGGGGAAUGGGAAGAUAUUACUUAAAAGUGUUUUUGUUAUUUUAAAGGUCCUUAACUUUUCAGUGUUGUGAAUAAUUUGCCGACUUGUUACCAUUCUGCUGGUCUGUUUAAUACCUCCAUAUUCUAUACAGUAGUAUUUUUUGCUGGUUGUUUUUUUUUGCAUGUAUACAGGUUGUUGCAAAAACUGUAGUAUCAGAUAUUUUUAUGUUUGCCCUUCAAAUCUAAAAAUACAACUGUGACAUUCAAUGUCCAAAUCCACUUUUCCCUUUUUUCCCCCAACAUCUUGUUUAAGUAUGAAGGAGAUUUCCUGUAGAAUAUAAAAUUCUCUUAAAUGAUUUAAGUACUACGCAAUAGGAACCGUGGAACAUUUUGGAUAUGAAAAUUUGGGUGGUCAGUUUAUAUUUCUUGCAUAUGUUCUUCAAUUUUUAUGAUCAAAUUGGAAUUAUUGCAUGAUUGUUUUUUAAAUACUCAGUGGACUUGCAAAUCGAGCAAAACUUUUUAUCGCCAAACAUAAUUUGGUGAUUAGUGGAAUGUUCGCUUGGUACAAGAGUUGUGCAAAGAAAAUGUUGAAUUUGUUCACUUCAGAAAGACAGGUUUUUUCUGUAUUUGAAAAACGUCGCAAGGAUUUUUGUACAAAAAAAAUGCCCAGAAAAUAUGUUGCUAUGUAUAUUUGGAAUCUUAUAGCAUGAACAAUUUUUGUCUCCAUCCCAUUUUUAUACAAAGAUUAUACUGUUAAAAGAUAUUGGUAUAUUUUUUAUUCAAGGAAAAUAGUAUCGGUACCAGGGUAUGUAUUUUUCUUAAAGUUCGCAAUUUUUGAAAAUUUGAUGAAUUAUACUGUUAGUUUUAAUUUUCAGGGUACUUACAGAAAGUUUCUUUUUUGUCUUUUAACAUCUUGUACAUACUAUAUUUCCACAUGUAGGUGUAUAUUUCUGGUGUAAUCUGGCUGUAUAUGUUAGGUCGUGAGAAUUUCUUAUAUAUUUUUUUGUUACGUAUAUCAGUAUUCAGAUUUUGCAUCUACUAAAUAAUUUCCUGGGCAUUUCUUAUUGAAACAUUCCUGAAUCCUCCAAAAUCCACCACUUUGCAUGAACUCAGUGGCACACUCUAUGUGCAUGUACGUGUACAUGUACCUACCAAGUUUCAAGUAGCAUCAAGCCACGCGUGUAAAGUAACAGUGGCUGAGGUAUACCUUCCUCAAUCCUACAAAAUCUUUCAAAUCUCUUUGUGGAUUUGAAGGACCUGGGAGUGUUAGAGUCAAAGAUAUUCAACAGUAAAAGUAAUUUUAUCAGGGUUUUUUUUAUGAUAGAUGAAGUUAGGUAAAGGCAGUGGUAUGUGAAUUAUAUGCGUUUUAGAAGUGCAGAAGGCAUUGAAAACAACUGCCUUUUUAUGAUAUUUUGUGGUCAUUUAUAUGUAUGGAAAACUGCACACACAUAUUUCUGACUUUGAUUCUGGAGGUGUGCCAACCCAAUGUAAAAGACUGUCACCCAUCCUGACAGAUUCCAACAAAACAUGCCGUUGGGGUUUGAUGGGUUGACUUCUGUUAGGGUUAAAUUACAAAAGUGUUUAAAACUUAAACAGUAAUAACAUUCAGGAAUGCACAAAAAAGUAUGGUACAUAUUUUUUUUUCAUUUUUUUUUUAUGAAAAAUUAAAAUGAUUUUUUAAGUUUAACAAGACUAGUUUAUACUCAUACUGUAAUAGUCCUGUCUUCCAAAGUUAGGAGAGGCGCCAUCCGCGCUUGGCAUCGAUCGCGGCCCAGCGGCAUAUUGAAAACAUCAAACACAAACAACUGGAUACACUGUGUAUCAAUUUGACACAAAACAGGUGCGGAUCAUUGAGCAAUGUAUCAAUAAAACUUCUUGGAACCUGA